AUGAGUGACAAGGACGAGAAGGCGUCGGUGUGUGACAAGGAGCUCUCGGUGCUGUCGUCGAACGACUCGCUGGGGCUUGAACCCGUACCCUUAACUUCAGCAAACUACGAAAGAAGCGAUCAACCCGAACGCUCUCGGCGGCGGAGCCUGUUACGAAGCUCGUUUGACCUGAUACGCGGUCGCCGGGAGUCGUUGGGAGCGUACCUGGUCAAAGACAUCUACGGGGACCUCGAUGACGCCGCCAUCGCCGUGAGACGGGCGGCCUCGAGAAAUACCAUUUUGCUGGAGUUGAUCCAAAGAAACCAGGAAUUAGAAGACGAUGAAGCUGUAAGCGAUGGCGACUACGAGUCAAUUAAGGAAGACGCCGCUGAUUUGGAGAAAAUCCCCACCGGUCCCGUCCAAGAAACCACCAUUAAUAUCAAGCAACAAGGUGGAGAAUUUGUCGACGUUGACCCUGAAUUGAUCACUUGGGACAGUGUUGACGACCCUCGUAACCCUGCCAACUGGUCGUUGACUAAAAAAUGGAUCAUGAUUUUGUUUGUGUCGCUUUAUGCCUUGGUGGCCCCAAUGACGUCCUCAAUGCUUUCGCCAGCGAUGGACGAUAUCGCCAACGAGUUCCACAUUACUAACCCUGUGGUGAAGCUGAUGGUGGUGUCGAUUCAGAUUCUUGCAUGGGCCAUUGGUCCCUUAAUUAUUGCUCCGCUUUCUGAGCAUGAUAGCAUCGGGCGCAAAAUUGUGCUCGAUGUCCUGGUCUGGAUGAACUUCUUCUUCAACCUUGGGUGUGCCUUCUCUCAUACCACGGCCCAAAUGAUGGUUUUCCGGUUCAUUGGUGGUCUCUUUGGCUGUGUGCCCAUGAACGUGUGUGCCGGGGUCAUUGCCGAUAUGUGUAUGAAGAGUGACCUGCCCAAAGCUCGGCCGUUGAAUGUCAAUAUCGCGUUGGCCGGUUACUCGUUGGCGCCGCUUUUGGGACCGGUGAUUGCUCCUUUAAUCAGUGGCUUCAUCGUCAACCUGGGGUUAUCGUGGCGGUGGACAUUUUACGUGCUCUGCAUGUUCAAUGGGUUUGUGGGCGUGGUGGCCACGAUCUUCUUCCGGGAAACUUACGCUCCCACGUUGCUUAAGCGUAAAGCUCAGCGCCUCCGCAAAUCUACUGGCAACCAAAACUUACACACCAUCUACGAAUUGACCGAUGGUGAAACGUUCUGGGGUAAGAUGUGGAUGACGAUGACGCGCCCCCUCAUGUUGUUGUUUACCCACCCCAUGAUUGUGUCGCUUGGCCUGCUUAUGGCGUUCACGUACGGGUUCAUGUAUCUUUUGAUCACGGCCUUCCCCUCGAUUUUCCACAAGACCUACGGCUACAACGCCGCCAUCACCGGCCUCAUGUACUUGCCGAUGGGCGUCGGCUUCUUGCUCGCGGUGUUUGUGUGGACCUAUCUCAUUGGGCGUACGUAUAACCACUUGGUGGCCAAAAAUAACGGCGUCGCUAAGCCCGAGUUCCGCCUUCCCAUGUUGAUUGUGUCGUCGUUUUUCAUCCCCGUGGGCCUCAUCUGGUUCGGGUGGUCGGCGCAAAAGAAGCUCCACUGGAUCAUGCCCGGUAUUGGGCUGGGGCUCUUUGCCUUUGGCCUUGUCUGUGUGUUCCAGCUGAGUCAGCUGUACUUCAUCGACAUGUCGAUUCACAAAACCACCAACGAGCAAGGUACUGAGGUCAUCAUCAACUUCAGUGCGCUGUCGGUGGCGGCAGCGGCGAUGUUCCGUUCCAUCUUUGGCUUUACGUUCCCGUUGUUCGCGCCUAAGAUGUACCAAGCAAUGGGUUAUGGCUGGGCCAACACCAUGAGCGGGUUCAUCGCGUUGUUGUUGAUUGGGUGGCCCGUCAUGUGUUACAAGUACGGGGAGAGAAUCCGAGUGCUGGCGAUGAAGCGGAUCGAGCGCAAGCAGUUGGAGCGCGACAGAAAGAACUUGGAAAAACUCAAGCAGGAUCUUGUGUAG